CGGACAACUUUGAGGGAGCAAAAAGGCAAUUCCUUUUUCCUUUAAACUCUGGCCCGAUUCGUGCGGCUGCUCUUUGGGAGCCGUGCGCUGGCGGGCUUUCCGCGUGGGCCCGUUUGCUUCCCUGCCCAAGAAAUCGCUCCAGGCUCUCGCUCGCUCCGAAUCCGGACGCGACGUUCCCCGGGCUCAGCUAAAGUGUAGUUCUCCUGCAGAGGCCCCAGUGCCCGGAUGUCCAUCAGGAUUAGAGCGAACCAAUACGCUCCCAGCCCGAGGCUACGCUGAGGGCGCCCGGGGCUCCGGAGCAGGUAGUCCCUUAACAUCGGGGCUUCGCGCUGGGGAAUCAUCCCCGCACGGCCCCGGCAAAUGGUGAACGCGGCGCUGGCAGCAGGUCCCGAGGGUUGAAGGCUCUGAUGGACAGAAGACAUUGGGCUCUGUAAGCUGAAUGAUGGCAGCCCACUCAAGCUUGUACAAUGAAGACAGAAACCUGCUUCGAAUUAGAGAGAAGGAAAGACGCAACCAGGAAGCUCACCAAGAGAAGGAGUCAUUUCCUGAAAAAAUCCCCCUUUUUGGAGAGCCUUACAAGACAGCAAAAGGUGAUGAGCUGUCCAGUCGGAUACAGAACAUGUUGGGGGAUUAUGAAGAAGUGAAGGAGUUCCUUAGUACCAAGUCCCACCCUCAGUGCUUGGAUGCUUCUGAAAAUAGGUUGGGAAAACCAAGAUAUUCUUUAUUUCCUGACAAGGGGAGCAGCAUUCCAUCCAACUCCUUCCACACCAGUGUCCACCACCAGCCCAUGUAUACUCCCGCCUCCGGACCACUUCCUGUUGGUAACAUUAGCCACAAUCCAAAGAUAGCACAGCCAAGAAUGGAACCAUUACCAAGUCUCCAUGCCAAAAACUAUGGCCCACCUGAUAACCAGCACCUGACCCAGGACCGCCUUGGACAGGAGGGGUACAACUCUAGUCACCACAAAAAAGGUGACCGCAGAGCUGAUGGAGACCACUGUGCUUCGAUGAUAGACUCAACUCGAGCAAGGGAGCUCUCUCCCUUAAUCUCCUCUUUGCCUUCCCCAGUGCCCCCUUUGUCACCUUUACAUUCCAACCAGCAAACUCUUCCCAGGACACAAGGAAGCAUCAAGGUUCACAGUAGUAGCAAUAACAGUAAAGGCUACUGCCCAGCCAAGUCUCCCAAGGACCUGGCGGUGAAGGUCAUUGAUAAUGAGACCCCUCAAGACAGUUUGGUGGCAGUUGUCAGCCAUGGGGUCGCCCCACCCCAGCCACCUUCUCAGACAUUUCCACCCCCCUCCCUUCCCUCAAAAAGUGUUGCAAUGCAGCAAAAACCCACGGCUUAUGUGAGGCCCAUGGAUGGUCAAGAUCAGGCUCCGAGUGAGUCUCCUGAGCUGAAACCACUGCCGGAGGACUACCGGCAACAGAGCUUUGAAAGAACAGACUCAAAAGUGCCUGCCGAAGCCAAGCUCACCAAACUGAAGAUGCCUUCACAGACAGCUGAGCAGACCUACUCCAAUGAAGUCCAUUGUGUUGAAGAAAUUCUAAAGGAAAUGACCCACUCAUGGCCUCCUCCUUUGACAGCAAUACAUACGCCUAGUACAGCUGAGCCAUCCAAAUUUCCUUUCCCUACAAAGGAUUCUCAGCAUAUCAGUUCUGCAACCCAAAACCAAAAACAAUAUGAUGCACCUUCAAAAACUCACCCUAAUUCUCAGCAAGGAACAUCCAUGCUUGAAGAUGACCUUCAGCUCAGUGACAGUGAGGACAGUGAUGGUGAACAAACCCCAGAGAAGCCUCCUUCCUCAUCUGCACCUCCAAGUGCUCCACAGUCGCUUCCAGAACCAGUGGCAUCAGCACAUUCCAGUAGUGCAGAGUCCGAGAGCACCAGUGACUCAGACAGCUCCUCAGACUCGGAGAGUGAGAGCAGUUCAAGUGACAGCGAGGAGAAUGAGCCCCUAGAAACCCCGGCUCCAGAGCCUGAACCUCCAACAACAAACAAAUGGCAGUUGGACAACUGGCUGACCAAAGUCAGCCAGCCUGUGGUGCCUGCCGAGGGCUCAGGGAGCACAGAGUCCCCUCGCCGGCGCCAGGAAAGUAAGGGUGGCAGCGAUAGCACCACGGGUCAGGAACAUUCUGAGUCCAAAGAUCCUCCCCCCAAGAGCUCCAGCAAAGCUCCCCGGGUCCCCUCUGACGGCUCCCACCCUGGAAAGAGAAGCUGUCAGAAGUCCCCUGCACAACAGGAACCCCCACCUAGGCAAACUAUUGGAACCAAACAACCCAAAAAGCCUGUCAAGUCCUCUGCCCAGGCGGAUUCUCGGGCCAGCUUGCAGGUGGAAAGUGAACCAGGACUUCUUCCCUAUGGCUCAAAAGACCUGACCUCCAAAGAUAAGCCCAAGGUGAAGACGAAAGGCAGGCCGCGCAUUGGAGGCAGCAGAGAGCCCAAGCCCACAGCGCCCGUCCCCAGUGAGAAGAAGAAGCACAAGAGCUCCCCCGCAGCCCCCUCCAAGGCGCCCUCAGGCCCAGAACCCACAAAGGACAGUGUGGGAGACAGGAGCCCUGAGCACUUUGCUCUUGUCCCCCUGACUCAGAGCCAGGGCCCGCCCCAUAGUGGCGGUGGCGGUGGCAGGACUAGUGGCUGCCGGCAAGCAGUGGUGGUCCAGGAGGACAGCCGCAAAGACAGACUCCCGUUGCCUUUGAGAGACACCAAGUUGCUCUCACCGCUCAGGGACACUCCCACCCCACAGAGCUUGGUGGUGAAGAUAACCCUAGACCUUCUCACUCGGAUUCCCCAGCCACCAGGGAGGGGGAGCCGUCCAAAGAAACCAGAAGAUAAACAGCUGCCUACAGGGAAGAAGCAGGACUCUGAGAAGAGAAACUCAGACAACUCCAGCAAGUUGGCCAAAAAGAGAAAGGGUGAAACAGAAAGAGACUAUGAUAACAAGAAAAUCAGACUGGAGAAAGAAGUCAAAUCACAGUCCUCUUCAACCUCAUCCUCCCACAAAGAAUCUUCUAAAACAAAGACACCCAGGCCCUCCUCAGAGCCCGCAAAAAAAGAAAUGCUUCCCCCUCCACCUGUGUCGUCCUCAUCCUCGUCCUCAUCCUCAUCCUCGUCCUCAUCCUCAUCCUCAUCCUCCCAGAAGCCAGCCAAGCCUGCACACAAGAGGUCAAGGCGGGAAGCAGACAUGUGUGGCCAGGACCCUCCCAAAAGUGCCAGUAGCACCAAGAGCAACCAUAAAGAUCCUUCCGUUUCAAAGCACAGAAAAGUACAGGGGAAAGGCUCUGGAAGCUCCACUGAACACAGAGGAACUUCUGGAGAUACUGCAAAUCCUUUUCCAGUGCCUUCUUUGCCAAAUGGUAACUCUAAACCAGGGAAGCCUCAAGUGAAGCUUGACAAACAGCAAGCUGAUUUUCACAUGAAGGAGGCCAAAAAGUUGAAGUGCAAAGCAGAGUCAAUGACGGACAAGGUUGGAAAGGCCUUCAAGUACUUGGAAGCCAUCCUGUCCUUUAUCGAGUGUGGGAUUGCCAUGGAGUCUGAGAGUCCGGCCUCAAAGUCUGCUUAUUCAGUGUACUCAGAAACUGUAGAUCUCAUUAAAUCCACAAUGUCAUUAAAAUCCUUCUCAGAUGCCACAGCACCAAUACAAGAAAAAAUAUUUGCUGUUUUAUGUAUGCGUUGCCAGUCCCUUUUGAACAUGGCAAUGUUUCGCUGUAAAAAAGACAUAGCAAUAAAGUAUUCUCGUACUCUUAACGAACACUUCAAGAGUUCUUCCAAAGUGACCCAGGCCCCUUCUCCGUGCAUUGCAAGAAGCACAGGCACACCAUCCCCUCUGUCCCCAAUGCCUUCUCCUGCCAGCUCUGCAGGGUCCCAGUCAAGUGCUGGCAGUAUGGGGAGCAGUGGAAUGACUGCCACCAUCAGCACCCCAGUCACCAUCCAGAACAUGACCUCUUCCUAUGUCACCAUCACGUCCCACGUCCUUACCGCCUUUGAUCUUUGGGAACAGGCUGAAAUCCUUACAAGGAAGAAUAAAGAAUUCUUUGCUCAGCUCAGCACAAAAGUAUGCACAUUGGCCCUCAACAGCAGUCUGGUGGACCUGGUGCACUAUACAAGACAGGGUUUUCAGCGGCUAAAACAAGUAACCAAAACACCUUAAUGGAAGCCCAGGUUGACUCAGUGACUUGGGGACUUUUUCUUUUUUGCACAUUGGAAGCCUCAAAAACAGUCUUGACAUUUGUCUCAUCAGGAUACCAAACUCAAGAAGAGAAGCAGCGUGAGAUGGCGAGGAUGUUUGUCCACAUAAACUCUCAAGAGCUGUGUUAUCAUUGGUUGGACACUAUGGUUAUGCAGAAGCAGAGAUGGAAGUCAGCCCCAGAGAUGAUCUUGCCUUUCCUAACUAAAGGAUAGAAGUGCAAUGGAGCCUAAUGGGCAUAUGAAUGGUCUGGAAACAUUUCUGUGGUCUUUUGUUUUUGUUUUUUAAUCAGUAGGAUGGAUGUAAGCUGCAAGUGAAAUGAGAAGGAAUUUUAACUCUGAAAGCAAAUUCACAUCAUCUCAGUAGCCAUACUAAGUCCAUUCACAGAAGAAAAUUUUUUUUAAACAAUGAUUUUUGGUGAAGGGUUUUGUGGAUAAUUUUUUUUUUUUUUUAAUUUUAAGUUUUGGGGAAACUUGUUUAACAAAUUGUAAUGGCCGUCUAUAAAACAUAAGUUGUGAAGGACUCCACUGUACCCCACGUUUCUGCCAGUGAAGAGUGACUUUGAUAAUACCAAGUAUUGUCAUAAUUUAUAAAACUGAAGGCAACCCCCUCCCAUUGCCUAGCGUACUGCACAUUCUCCCCAGCUUGGAUUCCUGACUGUGCUGAAAUGAGACCCACAAUCCACGGCAAGCAGUGGAGGAAGAGCAACUGCAUACGCGAGCCACCUCCAGGUCGGCUCCCAGAGGACUUGGCGCUGCCAUCUCCACCCUUGAAAGGGUCUAGCUAACAAGGUGGUCACCAUUGAUUGUAUUCUGUAUUUCCUAACUUGGGGAAGAAGGGAACAACAUUUAUACCUGACCAGAUGGCUAAAACGCUUUUUGAUUUUUGUUUAAGUAGAGAUGGAAUUUGAGGUGCUGAUUGGUAGUCUAUAGCUAUGUGGUGACUCAUGUCUAACCAAUCCAGCUUUGUCAGUGAAGAAAAAUGAUAUCUACUUAGAGGCUAUAUUUUUCUGCUACAAAUUAUUUUAUAUUUAUAGCAAAACUAAACUUUGUGAGCCCUUGAUUGCCCAGGGAAAAUUGACUCCCUGAGAGGAUGUGGAGAUGUGGGGAUGAAUUAGAUUUUGUAAAAAUUUGUCACCACAUGCCUUCACUCCAGAGUGUUCUCAGACAACUAGAUUUGAAUAGGUUGAAGAGGAAUUGUGGCCUUCCCCUGAAUUAAUGUCAUACUAUAUACAUUAAGCCAGGUUCGGUUUGAAUGGCCUAAAAUGAAAGAACACAAUCAAAAUUCCCACAUGCCCGCAAGCACAGAUUGCAUUUUCACUGAAACAUUGAAGGUUGUUAUUGGAAAUACUCAAUUUUGAGUGCAGCCAGUUCUUUUUGUCCCUUUUAAAAAGUAGAAUUUGCACAUGCUAAAUUGGAGUGAGUGUCUUCUGUGUAACUAUUUGAUUUCCUGUCAUCCCGUUCUGCACCUCUGCACGUUGUUCCCUACCAAGCAUGUGUCACAUUUUUAUAUUUAUUAGUGAAGGGAGAACCGUCUCUAUAGGGAAGGCACCCAAGGUCCCUCUGAUGAAUACUAGGACUUUCUGGUUUCCUAAACAUAUAAAGGGGUGUGUAGAAGCUGGAGCCAUGUCUGACUUUUCAGUGUAAAUUGCGUGAAGCUGCUCCUUGGUCUCUCCUCUAGCCUGUUCUUUAUUGCUAACUAGGUUAAAGCCAGAGAAUGACAGUGGAGUUAAUAUCUGAGCAUUAAAGCUUGAUGUAUGACGUGUGAUCCUGAUGAAGCAAUUUCCUUUACUGAUGUUCUGAAGCAAAGCUAUUGUCUUUUUAAACUACUAGUUUAGAGGGCCUGUUGUUAAAUGGACAAUAAUUGCCUGGCAGGUUGUAUGGCCCGGCAUUGCGUGUGCUCCUUGUAUGGAGGGGACGAGGCGCUAGUCUCAGUGAGAUUGCUUACCAUCCUUCUGUCUUACUCCUUUGGCCAGUCCCUCCCUUUCCACUGUGUCAGGCCGCCUGUCAGGUGAAGGGUUCUGUUCUUUAUGACAGGUUCUGAUCUAUGCGGGUUGUACCAGAGCACGUGUGAGUUCUGUCGGCAAGCCACCGUGCUCCCUUGACUGAAGACAUUCCCAAGUGGAUUUCUCAGCCAAUUCUAACAGAUUGCUUUUUCAGUGGCCUUAUUCUUUUGUGGGUUUUUUUCCCCCCUGAAAUCUGUAUUGAAAUUUUAUUUGUCCCUUGAAAAAAAAUUAACGAAUCUGGAUAGACCAAUUUGUACUACUUUGGUUAUUGGAUAUUUCUGAUUCUUACUGCAAUAGUCAUUGUACCUAAAAGAGAAUUCCUAAUGACUACCUUUUUAAUAGAGUAUGUAAAGGGUAGUAUCUGAUGAGUCCUUAAUGUUCAUAAGCCCUUUUUGCUGUUACAGUUGUAUAUAGAAAUCUGAAGGAUUUUUAAACCGUUUGCACUUUUUCACUGCAUGCUUACAAUUCCCAAAGGCCAAAUUUGUACUGAGGUAGAUAUUUCAAGAGGAUUAGAUUAUAAAAUUAAGCCUUUGUAUAUGUGAAGUUCUCAUGACAACAGUGAUAGUGCACACUUCAGAGUGAGAAAAAUAGAAAAAAUAAUCUUAUUGAAAAUAGAGUAAAUCUUGCCUUUGCCACUACAGGUGUGUGUGUGUGUGUGUGUGUGUGUGAGAGAGAGAGACAGAGAGAGAAUGAACAUGAAUGAAUGGAAGAGUACUGUUUUACUUUAAUGAAGUGUUGAAUGUUUCUGCCCUUCUGAAGAUAGUUAAAAUGUGAAUCAAUGAAAAGUCCUGCUAAACAAUGAAAAAACACUUUUCUAAAUCUACCAGGUUACACUUGGGGUUCAGAUUAUGAAUAUACAGAUGACAGUAUGAGAGGGUUCAGCAAGUAGUUAUCAGGAACAAAUUAUAAGAGGAUAAUUUGAUAUCAUGAUUUUAUCACACCAUUGAAUGAGAAAAGCAACCAAUUUUUAAACAAAAGUCUUUAUUUUAUAGAUCUCUUUUAGCCAAAUUGUGUGGCUACUUCCCCUAGACAAAUUGAACAUUUACCUCCUUUAUUCUGUACCCUUGGUUCUAGAUCUCAGGAUGUUUAGAAGCUAACCAACUCUCACUUACUAGCUAAAAACUUGCCUUACCUGGUACUUUACAUAUUAAGGUUGGUGGGAUUGGGACCUUACUCUUCUUUUGUGUUGUUAUUUUGCAGUGCUGGGGAUUGAACCCAGGGCCUUGUGCUUACGAGGCAAGUACUCUACCAACUGAGCUAUAUUCCCAACCCAGGAGCUUACUCAUGAUCCCACUUUUAAAAGCAAAAAGAAAACCACUGUGUUCUCCACAACUGCUAUCUCUGAUAUGCAAAAGGAUAUAUAUAAUCUCUACACAAAUAGAAAACCAGAGCUGAUUCAGUUUUAUGUAUAGGUUGUGCCCUUCUUGUUCAAACCUUAUUUUGAAUUAAUGCUGUUUUGCCAGUGUCAAGGUACGUUAUAUGGGUCUUAUAUCAUCUGCUUUAUGAAGUUUAAAGUGCAUUUGUGCAUAUUAAGAUAAAUGAGGUUAGUUUUCUUUACUUUUAAAUUUUUCCAUGCCUUCUACCAAAUUCUUGUUUUUUUCUUAAUGAUUUAUUUUUCCCAACACUACAAAAUACCUUUGAAAAACUUUUACCACUUCAUUUGAGACACUCUUUUCCACUGAGUAGCAGUGUUUAAAUUUUCCAAGAGUAUUUAGGGCUUCUUUUAGAAACACAGAAGUAUAGAUAUUCUUACUGAAAAGUGAGUUACACAUUGCAGCUGUGAAGAGAUUCCAGGAUUGAUCAUGGUGGUACUUCCUCCCCGCUACCUUCUCUAGUGGAUUGCCUCUUCUACUUUUGUUCCACUGGGAAAUAAUGGAUGUAAGGUAUUUUUUUCUGUGCCUUUAUUAUUUGUUUUUGUGGGGAGAGGUAUAAUGGCAGAAUAGCAUGGUGCUGGGGGGUCUUCCUUCACACAUUGCAAGUGGUAUUUCUGCCGUGUAGUUCUCCAGUCUGCAACCCAGUUAUGUUGGUUUCUUGGUGGCUGAGAAUGCACAUCUCUUUGUGAAUUGUGAGCACUGGUUAUGUUCUUUAGCUCUUAUCUAUGAGGUAUUGACAAGCACCACCUACUACUUUUCUUUAGGUGGCUGUAUGUUUCUCAUCACUUUGGGGGAAAUCACACUCCAUCCUGUCACUCUGCGCUACACAUCAUCAGGUACUGUGAUGGGUAGAGAUGUGCCUGUACUUCUCUACCUAAGAGGGUGUCUCUGAGGGCAGGAAGGAAACCCUGCAGUUCCUCGUAAGCCUAUAUGGAAGUAUAUGGGCCUGGGAGGACAAGGGAAUAAGACCACUGACAGCAAGGCUGGCCAAGCUGCAUUGUCCCACCAGGUGGUGGCCAACUAAAGAUGAUAACUUGCUUUGCUUAAAAGUAGAUGUUUAAGAAAUACUCCUCACAGGCAGUAUUAAGUUUUCUUUUUGUUCAGGCCAUGACAUGUAUUGUUAAGCUUACUGCACAUCCUCCCUUCAGACAUCAAGUAUACACUGUUCUUGUUGGUGUGUGUGUGUGUGUGUGUGUGUGUGUGUGUGUGUGUGUGUCCCAAAUCUUGUUUAAAAAUUUUUUCUUUUUCUGAAUGUGAUCAUGUUUGGAUGCUAUCUGAGCAGGGUUGCCUUUUUUUAUUUAUUACCAUUAUAUAUUAUAUUAUAUUAUAUAUUUUUGCUUUCUUAUAACUUUAGAAAAGUCAAAUCUUGGUAUUAAAUUGUUUAAAAGAAUAAAUUUUCCAGUUGAUAAAUGAAAAUCACUGGGCUAUCUUUGAAGUAAUGAAUUUUUCUUUCAUUUCUGUGGAAUAAUGUGCCAGCUAUUGUCAACACAAUGAUUUUGUAUGUAGGAUAGGAAAGCAGUGAUGCUCUCAAUGGGAAGAUGUGCAACACAAAUAAGGGGAACUCCAUGUAUUUUAUCUACUUCAGCAAUGGAACUGCAACUUGGGGCUUUUGUGAAUAAAAUUUAGCUGCCUUGUAUAGUCCUUUGAAAGAGACGUAUGUGAUCUCUGAGAGAAUUAUAGUUUGUUUUUUUUUAGAAGAAAAAUUUGCAAAAGAUCUUUCCAAAGAUAAUGUGCCACAGAUCUUUUGUUUGCUGUUCUCCGUAAUGAGGAUUAAGUGCUGUUUAAAAAAAGUGUAAUUGAUUUGUUCUUCAAAUUCUUUCCUUUUCGCAAGAGGAUCGAACUGUUGAAAAAAUUAAUAAAAAUAUAGAGAAAUCAGA